CUCAAGCUUGUGUACAGAAGAAGCUGCGAUUGUUUUGCUGUCCUUCUAGGCAUCUCUUUCUUUGCCUAGUACAAUUUUGACAUCCUGUGAUUUGUGCUGACAUCUCUCACUUUCGUUAAUUCAUACAAUUAAUACUCCCCGCUGAUUCACUGACAUCUAGAACAAGAGGUAGUUGAUAGUGACAAGUUGAAACUACUACUACUACUACUGCUAUUGACUUCUUGGAUAUUAUUUCGUAGAUAGUCUGUAAAAAUAGAUGAUCUGAGGGUUCAGGCCAGGUUCAUUUUUCCCUGAACCCAAUCUGGGCCUGACGUCGAAAGAGGUGCUCGACAUCCUAUUCCUACUCCGGAGGCGGACACGGAUAGUAGUUGCACAACUUGGCACACGGAUAGUAGUGGUUCUACAAGACCUCGCACAGCUCCAAGAAGUAGUCUACUAGAAGACCUCGUACAGCCCAUCAAAAAAAUAAUUUUUUGGUUCUUCUUUCAUCGAACCCUCCGAUGAUGCAGUCGGUCCCGGUGACUUUGAGCUGUCCCCUCAAGCUAGGGGAGAGCGGAAUUUCCCCUGCUUCCUUCUCCUUCGCCAACUUGCAGAUGCAGAGCGACAAAUGGCUCUGUGUCCGAGACCCGGAGAAGAACCAGGUGGUCGUCUUCGACAUGGCCAACAACUAUGCGAAAGACACGAAGCCGAUGAAAGCGGAGUUGGCGGUGAUGAAUCCGUCGAAGAAUUGGAUUGCGUUGAAAGGUAUUUAGUGGUUGUUGAGGGUUUGGAAUUUGGUAUAGUGUUGAAAACAUGGUUGGUUUAGUUCAUUUUCUUUCUUAUCAGUCUCAUAGCGACGCUAGUGAAUACAAGAAGACAAACAACUGCGAUCAAAUUUCAAUUUUCAGCGUCUUUUCUUAUUCACAGUCUUCACAACACUAGCCAACAGUCUUCACAACUCCCCAAUUUGUAGGUAAAAACGAGCAAGGCGGGGACUUCCUUCAGGUUUAUAACCUGGACACCAAGGCGAAAUUGGGUGUAUGGUCAGCGCCGGAGGAUGUCACCAUGAUGGUGUGGCUGAACGAUAACGUGUUAGGUUUGGUCUUGGCAAAGACCACGUAUCACUGGAAAGUCGAAGGCGGUGAACCAGAGAAGAUUAUGGAUAGAGCUGGUACUAUUUGGAAUUUUUGAUCUUAAGUGUGUUGCACAUGACCAUGUUGACCAUGAGCACUUUCGAAGCUCGAUCUAUUGCAUAUAUUUUGGUAACGACAGUAGAAAAUUCUAACUCUCUCCUUCUGGACGCAUGAUAAAUGUUUUGUUCUGGACGAAAAUAGAUGCAUGUGAAAUCCACCUUAUAUCGCAAACAAAGCUUAUUUUCCCACAACAUCAAUACAGAAAAACUCGCUGAAGCUGGAACUCAGAUCGUGUCCUAUGCGAUGGACCCCAAUGGCGCUUGGGCAUUGCUUUGCGGUAUUGCUACCGAAGAUAAGCGAAUCAUUGACGGUUACAUGCAGUUGUACUCGGUAGAAAGAAAGCAGCAGCAGUUGAUCCAGGGUCACGGUGGUGUUUUUGGUACGGUUUUGGUGGAUGACACCAACGUCCCAGCGACGAUCGUGACGUUUGCGAAGAGGGAGAAGGGAAGCCUGACGACGACGUAAUGCCUAGAACUUUUAGCGUUGGUCGGUUUCAGCAGCCAACAAUGUCCGCGAGAACACUCAGCGGGCCCUAACCUAACCUUGCUUGAUCAUGAAUCCAUAUCACGAUCUACAACUGUAGUUCACUGAUUUUCGAUACACGAAUCAAAUCACUUUGACCGAUUGUUACCGACCGACUUCAUCCCAGGCUGCAGAUCAACGAAGUCGGCCAGGACUGGCAGACUGCUGGACGAGGAAAGAAGCAUCAAGUAUCCAAGGACGUUCAGAUGCCUGCUGAGCAGCCCACAGAUUUCGCUUUAUCGUUGCAUAUCUCGGAAAAAUGGGGUGUCGUGUACAUGCUGACAAAGAGCGGUUUCUUGUACACUUUUGACGCGGCGACGGGUGAGAUGAUUCACCGACAACAGGUGUCGAAAUGCCCAGUUCUGAGAACGGCGUAUGCGAAGGGAAGUGGUAUUUUGAUGAAUGAUGUGCUGAUAACAAAAUAAAGCAACAGAACAUCACGACUUUCAUGUCCUUGAUCAACAACCAAAAAGAAUUAUUCAAAUUUCCUCCAAUUUUUCCCCUAAACAACCCUAAAUGCAAACCCUAAACAACAGGUGGCGUCCUCUUCAUCAACAAAGAGGGCAUGGUUUGCUCAACUGGCGUGUCGGAGCAAAAUUUGGUUCCCUACAUUUUUUCGUCGCAAAUUCCGAACAAGCAAGACAUUGGCGUAAAAUUGGCCUCUCGAUUUGGCCUUGGUGGGGCUGAGGAAAUCCUGGGAACGGAAUUCAACAGGGCGUUUGCCAUGCAACAGUACAAGGAUGCAGCUGCGAUUUGUGCCAAAGCAAAGGCUUUGAGAACGGAAACGACCAUUGAGAAGUUCCGGGUACUCGCUAUUACAGAAAUUUGUGAUGGGGUAUCUCUUCUUUCUCCGACAAGUCUGAACUCAAACGACGUUCUAUGAAUGAUUUGCUUCCGACGAGGCAGAUGAUAAUCUUUUCGAAUAUAUAACCUAAGUACUCACUUCCCACCUGUUCCCGCCUCCCAACAGAGCGCUCCCCAACCGGCCGGCCAACCCCUCCCUCUGUUGACCUAUUUCUCCACGUUGCUCGACAAAGCUGGAAAGCUAAACAAAAGCGAGAGUGUGCAGUUGUGCCAACUGGUGGUGCAGCAAGGGCGUCAUGACUUGAUUGAGAAGUGGUUGACCGCGGAGCAGCUGGAAUGCAGUGAAGAACUAGGUGACAUCAUCAAACAACUCCCGCCUCUGGCGCAGCAUGCCUUGAAAGUGUAUUACAAGGCGAGUGCGCACCAGAAAGUCAUCAAUACGUUUAUGGAAUUGGGACAAGUCGAUAAGAUUAUCGAAUACGCGAAGAAGGUAUAAAUAUUUACUGUUGGUCGACACGAUUUUGUUUGCAAUCGAAUGUUGAUGCGACUUUAUUAGGAAGGAAGAUAAUUAGAGUUGGCGCGAUAAAAAAAGUUUUCAUUCUUGAUAGAGUUCGACCAAAAUAACUUGCACUCUUGAAUACCAUACAUAAAAAUGAGAAAUGCUUCUCCCUUCUUCCGGCUUUCAGGCCAACGCGCAAGCCGACUAUUCCGGUCUCAUGCGCAACUUGGUAGCCGUAAACCCACAACAAGCGGUAGAAUUCGCGAAGUCGCUGUUAAACAACAGCCCACCCCUGACCGAUAUUCGCGCGAUUAUCGAUACCUUCAUGUCCCAGAACAGACUGCAGGAGACAACCAGCGUCAUGAUCGACUACUUGAAAGACAACAAGCCUGAGCACGCCGCACUCCAAACCGAGCUACUCAAGAUGAACUUGCUGCAGGCACCCCAAGCCGCCGAGUUGAUCUUUCAGUUGGAUACCUUCACGCACUACGACAAACAACAAAUCGCGCAGCUGUGUGAGAAAGCAGGCCUGUGGAACCGCGCGUUGCAAGGUUUCACGGAUAUCAGCGAUGUGCGUCGUGUGCUGGCCUAUGCGCCGACCAUGAAUGCGGAAUUUUUGGUAAGGAGUUGGAUUGUUGGGAUUUUGAUUUUUUGGUGGAGGCUGGCAAAAUGGAUUUUUUUGUUCCACUAAAAUUUCUUUUACUGAGUCCACUCUCUCUCGCUCUCAACCCGCCCUCCCCAACCAAACAUCCGAGGUAAACUACUGCACCAAGCUCCCCGCAGCCACUUGUCUCGAGGUUAUGGGCGAUCUGAUGAAGAACCGCCACCAGAACUUGAAUGUUGUGGUUCAAGUCGCGAUCAAGUGCCAUCAGCAAAUUGGUGCCGAAGCGCUGAUCGAAAUGUUCGAGUCCUUUUCCUCCUUCGAAGGCGUUUUCUACUUUGUUGGCGCGAUCUCCUCCCAGAUCGGCGAAGGCCAUCCGGAAGUCAUCUACAAGUACAUUCAGGCAGCUUCGCGAUUGGGCAAUGUGCAGGAAGUAGAGCGAGUGUUGAAGGACAAUCCGAAAAGCUACGAUCCGGUUAAGGUGAAGGAUUUCUUGAAGGGAGAAAAGCUGCCGGAUCCAAGGCCUCUCAUUUACGUCUGCGAUCUUCACGGAUUCAUCGAGGAACUCGCGACUUACUUGUACUUCAAUAGGUUUUAUUUAGUAGAUCAUGUUUGGAUUUCAUUGCCAUCAACUACCAAGAUGGGUUUAUUUUGAGACCAAAAAAUCUCUGCAUCAUGAUGACUGUCGUCAGAACCUCAUCAAUUCUAUGGAGUGUCAAGCUACAACAUCUGCUCUGUGCGGGGUAUGUUACCGCACGGGGUGGCUUGACGUUCCUAUAUCAAAGAUCUCCGGAGUUUCUUAACCUCGCCGACUUUCUAUGAUGGCUGCGGUUGCUUAGCUCUGGGACAAUCCUAAAAGAUUCAAACAGAAAGACAUUUCUUAUAGUAAUCACUCAAGAUGUUGGAACCUUCGUUGCCUGACGUAGUGAUGAUCUCAACAUCUCCUUUUCCCUGAACAGGUACAACAACCAGCUCCUCAAGUACAUUGAGGUUUACGUGGUCAAGGUGAACCCCCUGAACACGCCCCUUUUCGUGGGUACUCUGAUCGAUCUCGACUGCUCUGAGGACUUCAUCAAGCAAUUGCUUCAGUCUGUUAGAUCCGCGUGCCCCGUCGAACCCCUGGUCCAGGAGUGUGAACGCCGCAACAGACUCCGGCUCUUGCAGCCGUGGUUGGAAGCUCGUGUUUCGGAGGGCAAUCAGGAAAAAGCGUUGCACAACGCGUUGGCGAUGAUCUGCAUUGAGACUGGUCGAGACCCAGAGAACUUCUUAAAAAACAACCACUUCUACGACAGCCACGUGGUGGGAAAGUUCUGCGAGGAGCGCGACCCGCAUUUGGCUUACACAGCAUACAAGCGCGCAUGGGCGCAGUGCGACGACGAGUUGGUGAAUUUAUGACGAGUAUUCAUAUCCCCAUUGAAAACUGAUUCGUAAAAGCAUAGCUUUCUUCAUUCUUCUUCUCACAAAGUCGCCAAAGCACUUGAAUAGAGACUCUCCGAGUAGUGUACUCAGGAUCCUUCUCUUAUUUUCCUACUUCUUUAAAGACUGACAUCGACAUCCAUAGUUUUCAUUCUUCUCCCCACAAAUAACCUCUAAUCUGCGUAACCAACAAGAACGGCCUUUUCAAGCUGCAAGCCAAGUAUCUUGUCGAGCGUAAGUCUGCUGAACUGUGGGGCAAGGUCCUCGACCCGGAAAACGAGUUCCGACGCAAAAUGAUUGACCAAACCAUCUCUUCCGCACUGCCAGAGUCCAGCAACCCAGAUGAAGUCUCUGUCACUGUGAAGGCGUUUAUUUCCGCCGAAUUGCACUCAGAGUUGAUCGAGUUGCUGGAAAAAAUCGUGUUGCACAGGUCCGAAUUCGCCAACGCCAGAAACCUGCAGAAUCUGCUGAUUUUGACAGCGAUUCGAGCGGACCCGUCGCGCGUCAUGGACUACAUCAACCGACUGACGAGUUACAACGGACCGGAAAUCGCGAAAGUUGCGUUGGGACCAGAGUACAAGCUCUACGAGGAAGCGUUCGUCAUUUACAAGAAGGUACUACUGUCCGAGUUUUGAUUGUACUUGUAGCUCGGCUUCAAUCAGCUGGAUAUUUCCACUGAACAAGGCAGACUCAGAUUAAAAAUGUUCGUAUCGCGAGGAAUAUAGACCCAGGUCCCAAAAAAAAACAUCACCUUGCUACAGGAUGAAUGAAUGAAUGUACCCACUCUAGGGGUUAAAACGUUAGUCCCUCUCAUGGUGCGAAUUCUAAUACAUCCCUCUACUUCAUCCCCGAUCCUCAGGCCGACAUGCAUCCUGAGGCAAUGGAUGUUCUAUUGAUUAAUAUCGAGUCUCUCGAUCGUGCCGCUGAGUACGCAGCCCGCGUCAACGAGGGCGCAGUGUGGAGCAAACUCGGUAAAGCGUACCUUGAAGCCGGCUCGACCGCGGAAGCCAUCGACAGCUACAUCAAAGCCCAAGAUGCCAGCGACUACUUAGAGGUCAUCGCAGUUGCGUCUCGACAGGGCAACUUCGACCAACUGACGACCUACCUGAAAAUGGCGCGUACCAAGCAAAAGGAUCAACAUUUGGAUAGCGAAUUGGUCUACUCUUUUGCGAAGACCGACAACUUAGCGGACUUGGAGGAAUUCGUAUCUGGGACAACGACCGCGAACUGUCAGAUGAUCGGAGAUCGAUUAUUUGAGGAGGGAAACUAUAAAGCAGCCAAACUCUUGUUCCAAACCAUUGGAAACAACGCGAAACUGGCUAGUUGCCACUUGAAACUAGAGGAAUACACGGCGGCAGUAGAAGCGGCGAAAAAGGCGAAUAACCCGAAGGUAGUUUUAGUUAUGAUUCGAGAUUUGUUUGUGCUGGCUCUUUUGACGUCUGAAGUUCCGAAAGGCUACGUGGAUACAACUCUCUUCAUUCGAACUUUCCCACCAUCGAAUUCUAUUUCCACUCACCACACCAACCAGGUCUGGAAAGAGGUCAACCUCGCGUGCGUCGCUGCGCAAGAGUUCCGGUGUGCCUCUAUCGCUGGUAUGUCGAUCAUCGUACACCCCGACCACCUUGAAGAACUCAUUGCUCAGUAUGAGAAGCACGGUUAUUUCGAGGAAUUGAUCCAGCUUUUGGACCAAGGCCUCAACGCGGAGCGAGCACAUGUGGGUAUGUUCACCGAACUAGCGAUCUUGUACUCGAAGUACAAGCCGGAAAGGCUGAUGGAUUUCAUCAAAAUGAACACACAAAAGUGCAACAUCCCGAAAGUGAUCCGAGCAUGCGAGAGGCACAACCAUUGGGAAGAAGCGGUAAUGCCUUUGAUUAGUUGGCUGGUGUCUUUGAAAUUUUAGCUUGAGAUUGAUCCCUAGAAGUUGUACUACCAGAAGAUCGGAGUUUUAUACUCAGUGCUCCAACUACCACAAGGAGACGCAAAUUGAUACCUUCCCUACAAACAGGUCCACCUCUACACGCAUUACGACGAGUACGACAGCGCUGCCUCCUGCAUGAUGCAACACUCCCCAGUCGCCUUUUCCCACGACCAAUUCCUUUUCGUCAUCUACAAGGUCGCCAACACCGAACUCCUCUAUCGCGCCAUCAGCUUCUACAUCGAAGAACAACCUUUGCUUUUGGAUGCUCUUCUUAAGCAGAUUGAGAGCAAGGUAGACCACGCCAGAGUAGUAUCGCAGUUGCGCACUUUGGGCCACUUGCCCUUGAUUCAGCCCUAUUUGAAGCAAGUGCAAGUCCACAACAUCCAAGCAGUGAACGAGGCUUUGAACGACCUGUAUUUAGAAGCCGAGGACCACGAGUCGUUGCGAAAGAGCAUCGAGGAGCACGAAAACUUAGACCAGUUGGCUUUUGCGGCGAAAUUAGAGGGUCAUGAGUUGUUGGAGAUGCGAAGGAUCGCGGCAUUGUUGUACAAGAAGAACAAGAAGUACGGAAAAGCUAUAGAGCUCUCGAAAAACGACAAGAUCUACAAGGAUGCGAUGGAAACGGCAAGAGACAGUGGAAACCAAGACUUGGCGUUGGAACUGGUAUACUAGGAUUUGAAGUUAUAGUUGGUCUUCAAUGUUAGCUGGUCUUCAAUCAUGUAGUCCUUUUCUUUGGAACACUUGUUGAUGCCGUACCUCUUCAUACUACACUACACUACACAAACACACAGAUCCAGUACUUCAUCGAAAGUGGCGACAAGGAGUGCUUCUCCGCUAGUUUGUUCACUUGUUAUCAACUUCUAAAGCCGGAUAUAGUGAUGGAACUUGCCUGGAGGAAUAAGAUGAUGGAUGCGGCAAUGCCAUACAUGAUUCAGGCAAUGAAGCAGUACACGACAAGAAUCGAUGGGCUGGACAAGAAAGUGGAGAAGUUAAGAUCUGUUUCGAACUUGUUUCAUGUCUUUCUUUGAAGUGAAAUAGUUUCUUGAAUUCUAAGGCCAAUGUGAUUGUUUCAUGUCUGAUUUGGAGACUUUCGAACUUGUUUCACAGAUAAGUGAAAGUGGAGAGUUUCGAACUUGUUUCAUUUAACAUCUGAUAUCUUUGAUUAGAGAAGCUUGAAAAACUGUAGGUAGGUUUUCUGGAGUUACCUAGAACUAGAAGGUGGACUCAGAUGUCUUUUCGUGAAUCCUUCACUUACGCAAUGACUCCUCAACAUUUGACCACUGAGUACAAAUACUUUUCCCCAACCUCUAAUCCCCAACGAGGAGGAAAAAGAGAAGCAGAAGAGUGCCAACAACGACUUUGUAGCAGACUAUGGCAUGGGCCCUGGCAUGCCAGGUAUGGGCGGCCCAGCUGGCUUCGGCCACUUAGCCAUUGGGAAUGCGCCCUUUCAGCCACCAGCAAACGGCAUGAUGGGCGGCGGCAUGGGUGGAGGUAUGAUGGGAGGAGGCAUGGGAGGUAAUCCGAUGAUGAUGUAA